UCUGACACUAGAACCACUGAGCCUCGCAGCCCCAAAUGAAUUAGAACCCUCAACCACACCUGUUUCUCCAUUACCACUUGCGAGUGAAUUCCCUCGGACCUAUCCGAGAGCAGACUCACUAACUCCCCUAGCCCCCAGUGAAGUUGCGCCACCUCAGUCAGAACUACUAGCAAUGCCGCCAGUACCAGCCAGUGUAUUCCCUGCGGUAUUACCAGCUGAGGACAUGCUGGCAGCUGCGCUACCAAGAACUGGAACGCCAGGAAAGCCUCCUACAGCCGGGCUUAAGGUGAUAGUGGCCCCACUUAUACUAUCACGACCGUUCCCUGAGGUUCCCGUUGUGGUCGUUGCCCCCGGCAGCGCUCCGCCAGUAACGCCGCCAGGUAUUCCGAUGCCAGGUAACCAUACGCCCAAGGGGGCCCCUCCAGCACCGGUUGCUCGUGUACCAGCAGGUGUAUUUCCUGCGGUAGUAGCUGGCAUUAGACCUCCAGCUGAUGUUCUAGCACCAUUUCCACCGAGUAGUCCUCCAGCUACAUGUGAGGAGACAACUGCUGAUAAUAUUUGCGAAGCCUUGCCGCCUAUGCCAUCAGCUCCAUGUAAGCGCACGCCCCCUGUGCCCAAGGAGAGACCCGCACUACCACCACCUAAGGAAACGCUUGAACCUACAGGGGAUGUUAGUGUACUGGCAGGUGCGGUCACUCCUAAACCAUGCGUGUCUAUACCCAGCGAGCCGCGUCCGAUAUUUCCCGCGCCAGGUCCGGUAGUGCCAGAAAUCGGUGUGCCUUGCCUACUUGCUCCGAGACCAGAUUCUCUAAUAACCAUAGUACCACCUAAGGUACCACCCGCUGUGCCUCCAGUCAUACCGGGCCGCUCCCUACCAACGAUAUUAGCAGGGGUUGCACCAAAUGCAGACGUUAGUGUACCGACAGGCAAGUUCAGUCCAAUAUCAUGUGCACCUAUAGCCAUCGUGCCGCUUCCCACACCGUCCAUACCAGCUCCUCUGGUAAGAGAAAUCGUUUCACGUCCACCAGGUAUAAUGGCGCCGGCAUCUGCAAUACCCACACUGCCUCCUACAGAUGCACCAGCUGAGUCAAAAUUAAUACCGCCCGCGUUACUUCCCACAGUAUUUGGUACACCUACUGCAGAUGCUACUCCGCCAGCAGGAACGUGAACUAGAAUACCAUGCGCACCUGUACCAAUUGUACCGCUUCCGACGCCAUUGGCUCCAAAUCCUGCAGUAAGAGAAAUGGGGGCCCCUUCUAUGCGUGUGCCGACAGCGGCAUGACGAACACCCAUUGUACCACCUACAGAGGGUCCACCUGAGCCUAAAUGAAUACCGCCUACCUCGCUUCCCGCCGUAUUAGAUAAAGAUGUACCUAUUGCAGAUGCUAGCUUGCCAGCAGGGAAGAUCCCUCCCAUAUCAUGUGCACCUGUACGCAUCAUACCACUUCGGGCCCCGGCCACGCCAGAUGCUGUAGUAGGCAAAACGGGCGUGCCUCCGGUAUCCGUGGCGACAGUUCCAUGACCAACAGCCAUUGUACUAUCUAACCUGGUGAUUGCUGAUCCUAACCCAGCGGUGUUAGUUGAGGGUACACCUGUAGAUGUUAGGGUGCCGACAGGGAAGUUCACUCCAAUACCAUGUGCACCUACAUCCAGCCUACCGCUUGCGACGUGACCUACACCAGAACCUGUAAUAACAUAAAAAGGCGUA